AGGUCUUCAAGUCCAAGUAAGGGAGAAGCUGAUUUCUUUGGCAAUGACUUGUCUCCAACUGAUUGUGAAAAUUUUGUUCGGUCCUUUGAGGAAGAAAUUAUGGAAGGGUUUGCUGCAGCAAGAACUUCAGCUGAUGGAGGUGAAAGACAAGAGGGGUGGACUUCUAAACAGCGUUUACUAGUGGUUGCCAACAGGUUACCUGUCUCUGCUGUGAGGCGGGGGGACGAUGUAUGGCAUCUUGAAAUUAGUGUUGGGGGACUAGUCAGUGCACUUCUGGGUGUGAAGGAAUUUGAAGCUAGAUGGAUUGGUUGGGCUGGUGUUAAUGUACCUGAUGAUAUUGGACAAAGAGCACUAACUAAAGCUUUAGCUGAAAAGAGGUGCAUUCCAGUGUUUCUGGACGAGGAAACUGUUCAUCAAUACUACAAUGGUUAUUGUAACAACAUCUUGUGGCCUCUUUUUCAUUAUCUUGGCCUUCCACAAGAAGAUCGUCUUGCAACCACCAGAAGUUUUCAGUCCCAAUUUGAUGCAUACAAGAAGGCAAACCAGAUGUUUGCUGAUGUGGUAAACAAGCACUAUGAAGAAGGUGAUGUUGUUUGGUGUCAUGAUUAUCACCUAAUGUUUCUCCCGCAGUGUCUAAAAGAACGUAACAAUAAGAUGAAAGUUGGCUGGUUCCUUCAUACACCCUUUCCAUCCUCAGAAAUACAUAGGACCCUACCAUCUCGGUCAGAACUAUUAAGAUCUGUUCUUGCUGCUGAUUUAGUCGGGUUUCAUACAUAUGAUUAUGCAAGACAUUUUGUAAGUGCUUGUACUCGUAUUCUUGGGCUGGAGGGUACACCUGAAGGAGUAGAGGAUCAAGGAAAGCUGACUCGGGUGGCUGCGUUUCCUAUUGGAAUCGAUUCUGAUCGAUUCAUACGAGCCCUUGAGCUUCCUCAAGUCCAGGACCACGUAAGAGAGCUUAAACAAAGAUUUGAUGGGAGAAAGGUAAUGUUAGGUGUUGACCGGCUCGACAUGAUUAAGGGAAUUCCACAAAAAAUUUUGGCUUUUGAAAAAUUCCUUGAGGAAAAUCCAAAUUGGCGUGAUAAAGUAGUUCUGCUUCAGAUUGCUGUGCCCACAAGGACAGAUGUCUGCGAGUAUCAGAAGCUCACAAGCCAAGUUCACGAGAUUGUUGGGCGCAUUAAUGGAAGAUUUGGGACCCUAUCUGCAGUUCCAAUACACCAUCUGGAUCGGUCUCUUGACUUUUAUGCAUUAUGUGCACUCUAUGCUGUUACUGAUGUGGCACUUGUUACAUCAUUGAGAGAUGGAAUGAACCUAGUUAGCUAUGAGUUUGUUGCGUGCCAAGCUUCCAAAAAAGGGGUUCUUAUUCUAAGUGAGUUUGCAGGUGCUGCACAGUCGCUUGGUGCUGGUGCUCUCUUGGUAAAUCCAUGGAAUAUAACUGAAGUUGCUGCUUCUAUUGGUUAUGCUCUGAAUAUGCCAGCUGAUGAAAGAGAAAAACGACACCACCAUAAUUUCAUGUAUGUGACUACUCAUACAUCUCAAGAAUGGGCAGCAACAUUUGUAAGUGAACUUAAUGAUACAAUUGUUGAAGCUCAACUUAGGACAAGACAAGUUCCACCACUACUUCCAAUGAAAAUUGCAGUUGACCGCUAUUUGCAAUCCAAUAACCGGUUGCUCAUACUGGGGUUCAAUGCGACAUUAACUCAACCAGCAAACACACUAGGGAGAAGGGGAGAUCAGAUACGAGAAAUGGAGCUUAAGUUGCACCCAGAUUUAAGAGAGCCCUUGAAGAAUUUGUGUGAUGAUCCAAAGACAACAACUGUUGUCAUCAGUGGAAGUGAUAGAAGUGUCCUAGAUGAUAACUUUGGUGAAUACAACAUGUGGUUGGCAGCAGAAAAUGGUAUGUUUUUACGCCUCACAACAGGAGAGUGGAUGACAACAAUGCCAGAAAAUUUGACUAUGGAUUGGGUUGACAGCGUAAAGCAUGUCUUUGAGUACUUUACUGAAAGAACACCACGGUCUCAUUUUGAGCUCCGCGAAACUUCUCUUUUAUGGAAUUAUAAAUAUGCAGAUGUUGAGUUUGGAAGACUUCAAGCAAGGGAUAUGUUGCAACAUCUGUGGACAGGGCCUAUCUCUAACGCUGCUCUUGAUGUUGUCCAAGGUAGCCGAUCUGUCGAAGUCCGGGCUGUUGGUGUUACAAAGGGUGCAGCCAUCGAUCGAAUAUUAGGGGAGAUAGUUCAUAACAAAGGCUUGAAGGCACCCAUUGAUUAUGUGCUAUGUGUUGGCCACUUUUUGGGAAAGGAUGAGGAUGUUUAUACUUUCUUUGAGCCAGAGCUUCCUUGUGAGAUCCUCCCAGCAAUAAGAACCAAAGUUGCAGAUCCUGUUGUGGCCCCUAUACCUCAUAAUUCUUUGUCCAAGACAGCUCGCCUUAAAAAGCAACGGUCUUUGUCAACUUUAGAAAGGAGAUCAGUGAAUCCUGUGGUUAGGGGUGCUUGGCGGCCUAUAAUGCGGGACAAAGUUUCACUACAUGAAGGUUCAUCUGUACUUGAUCUCAAGAGUGAGAAUUACUUCUCUUGCUCUGUUGGAAGGAAGCAAUCAAGUGCUCGAUAUCUCCUUGGAUCAUCAGAUGAUGUUGUUGCACUCAUAAAGGAUCUUGCAGAGUGUUCUUCAGAGGUUGAAUGUCUGGGAGAGGAGCAAAGGGGCGCGUGAGAACGACUGGAAGUUUUCCAAUACUUAAUGCACAGAAAUCCCUUCUACCAUUUAAGGCCGCUCCUACUCCAGAAAGAAAUUCUCAUUAUAUUUUUAAACCGUAGUCCAUAGGUACAGAUUUACAGUAGACACGAAUUACCUAGAUGAUGUUAUUUAGGGAACAUGCUGAAAGAAUUGGGAGGGAAAAAAAAAGUGAACAGAACUCUCUGCUACCAAUCUGGGUCUGGCAACUUUUUGUAUGACUUGAUUCCUCUAUUGCAAAGGAAUUUAUUCUGAUGAUUGAAAGGAUAGUUCAUUAGACUCAUAGUUCCAACCU